AUGGAUGCGCUUGAACAAGAGGUCCUACGUCUCCGAGCAGAGGGUGAUCGCCUGAAUCAAAUCGCUACCAACUGGAAGAAGUGUGCCGUGGCCUUGAUCAACUCAGGCAACACACCUGUAUUAAACCUACAACACAUAUCACAGUUUGGUCCUGGUAUAUUCCUUUGGUCGGUAUCAAGCUCUAGCGUUGAAAUAACUAUCGAUGAUCCGGCCUUCUUUAUGAGCGACGAGUACCAGUGGCAGACAUACCACCAACAGUCCAUGCUAUAUCCCAGUAUGGAUAUGAUACCACACAUUAACAUUGAAGAUGCUUCAGAAGAGUUUCUACUGAGAAAUUUCUAUGAGAAUGUCAUUCCCACACUGGACGUGACGGAAUCGACCAACCAAGGCUAUUCCAAGCACAUUCUUCCGCUUGCCUUUAAGCAUCAGAUGGUUCGAAGCUCCAUAUUGGCAGCAUCUGCCAGCCAUAUACAAAUCACCCAAGGCUCCAAAUCCAUGGUCGACAGACUCAACUACAGAUCAACGGCGCUUGCUGAACUAAGACAAAUCUCGGCACGACCAGAAACAGAUUCUUCUGCGCCUCUCGCUACAAUCCUGGGACUGAUGAUUGACGAUAUGAUAUGCGGUCACAGAGAGUGCCCUGCUUUACUGAAGCUUGCCGAAUUCUGGGUUCGCAAAGACUGCCCCUUUAGUACCGAUGCGACCGAAAAGGCAACACGCCGAUUCUUGUUAGACCAAGUGCAGCUUUUGAAAGCAGUUGUUUGUCCUCUUUACCAGUUUAACAAGCUCUUGAGCAAAGACCGCCAAGCCUCGGAUGGUAAACAAUUGCUGUCGCUCAACCAAAAAGAUUUAUUUGAAGUCUUUUCUUCAAUGGAAAGCGCCAUGGCACAAGCCUGCCAUAUAUACUCACUACCGACUACCAGCAGUCCACUCGACAGCAGCGGCUCAGAUUCGGAUUCAUCCUCCGACGAUCUCAACAGAUUGCUCGACAAACUUCAAGUUACUGUGCGCAAGAUUCCUCCAUAUUCCUUGGGAGAGAACUCUUUGACAUGGGUGUACUUCGUUGCGGCCUCAAGGAGCCGACGCCUAGACCACAGCGCCUUUUUUGUUGCUAGGCUUGCAGAGCUACUGCAACGCAUUGGACAUGACAGGGUGAAUGAGUUAUUAGCGGGACUAAUUUGA